GAUCUGACAUAAUGACGUACUUCCUCCAUGACUUACAUAAUGCCAUUUUGAUCUGAAAGUACAACGGUGUUUCAUGUUGUCGCAGAUGUGUUUGAGCGUAAAUAUUUGCUUUAAAUCUGCAGUAUUACGUGCGUGCUAGGUAAGAAAAACGCAGUUAAGACUUAACGUUAAUUAUAUGAUUGCUCAAUUUCAGUUUUCUUGGACGAAAUUUUAAGUUGUAGGACCAACACGGCACGAGACUCCGUUAGCGCAUUCAUAGCCACAUUGCUAUAGCGAGGUCGUCGUCCGGUGUCGAUGACACAGCUAGCUAACGUUAACUAGCCAACCUAACAAAGGAACACUGGAAGUGGGACCGUGGUAUUUUCGUUUGCUAGAAUUUCUCACGAACUCUACGUCGUUUAAAUACAAUUAGGUUUAAUCAAGAUAAACAGCGUCCAUUUCAACAUCUGAACCAAUAUAUAUUUUCUGCAAAAUCGCGGUGUUUUUUCACUGCUGUUUUUGUACCAAUCAGCUCGUGUCGUCGGGCAUAGCCGAGUGUUUAGAGAGCUAUCUAACGUAAACUAGCCAUUGCAGUGUUUUUGGCUGAAAAAAGGCGUUGUGCGUAAAAAUGGCAGAGGUGUACAUUCGUGUGGCGGAAGAAGAGAAUGAGGAGCCCAUGGAGAUCCCAUCCGAGGAUGAUGGCACAGUGUUGCUUUCUACCGUGGCCGCUCAGUUUCCAGGGGCCUGCGGCCUACGAUUCAGGAGUCCUGUUUCACAGUGCAUGCGAGGGGUCCGUUUGGUGGAAGGGAUGCUUCAUGCACCUGAAAACGGCUGGGGAAAUUUGGUCUAUGUCGUCAAUUAUCCCAAAGUGUUCCAACAGCGAUUGAAUGAUGAUGAUGAUCCCUACCACACUAUUUCAGACAACAAAAGGAAAAUGGACGAGAUUGAUGCCUCCUCUGCUGUAAAGAUGAAGAGAGGCGAUAUGAAGACCUCAGACCUGAUUGUACUGGGGUUGCCUUGGAAGACAUCUGAACAGGACCUGAAAGAUUACUUCAGCACCUUUGGGGAAGUCAUCAUGGUACAGGUGAAACGAGAUGUGAAGACCGGAAACUCAAAGGGAUUUGGCUUUGUGAGGUUUACUGAGUAUGAGACUCAAGAUAAAGUGAUCUCUCAACGCCACAUGAUUGAUGGAAGAUGGUGUGACUGCAAACUCCCCAACUCCAAGCAAGGUCCAGAUGAGCCCAUGAGAAGCAGGAAAGUGUUUGUAGGCCGUUGCACUGAAGACAUUUCCGCUGAUGAGCUGCGCCAGUUCUUCAUGCAGUAUGGCGAGGUCACUGACGUCUUCAUCCCCAAGCCCUUCCGUGCCUUUGCCUUCGUCAGCUUUGCCGAUGACCAGGUUGCCAGUUCCCUAUGUGGAGAGGACCUGAUUAUUAAGGGAGUCAGCGUGCACAUCUCAAACGCUGAGCCAAAGCACGGCAGUAGGCAGAUGAUGGAGCGAGCAGGGCGGUUUGGAAAUGGGUUUGGGGCUCAGGGUUUUGGUAGUAACCGCACAGGGUUAGGGAGCAGCGCCGGUAGUAAUAUGGCUAAUUUUGGCAACUUUAGUCUGAAUCCUGCCAUGAUGGCUGCCGCGCAGGCUGCCCUGCAGAGCAGUUGGGGAAUGAUGGGUAUGUUGGCUAGUCAGCAAGGGCAGACUGCCACCUCAGGCACCACCUCUACUGGGCAGACUAGCUCCACCAGGGAUCAGAGCCAGGCCUACAGCACAGGCAACAGUAACUACGGCACCAGCUCAGCCAGUCUAGGUUGGGGUACUGGUUCUAAUUCAACAACCAGUGGUAGUGGGUUUAGCUCAGGAGGAUUUGGCUCCAGUAUGGAGUCCAAGUCUUCAGGGUGGGGUAUGUAAGUAAUAGUUUGUAUGGUAAGUAUUGUGAGAUGUCCUUUUCCAAAUCUAUUUCUGGUGUUACGCGUAUCUGAUAACUAAACGCUUUUGUCAAAGAUGUUUUGUUCGUUUGGAGAGAGAAAAAAUGCUCAAGAUUUAAUUUAGAAAUUGUUUGAGGUGAAUUAUUAUUUACCAGGGUGUUCAGCUUAAGUGCUACUUUUGAUGUCAAAUUGAUUUAAGUUUGUCCUGACUUAUUUUCAACUGGAUUCUUUAAGGCAUGUAUUGUGAUGUUUCUGAAAAUGCAUGAGAAAUCACUAUGGUUCACUAUUCAUCCAUAUAUUUGACAACAAUCUUGCAUUGGAAAGAAUCUGGUUGAAACUGAAAUGUUUUAAGUGCAACUUUAUUUGCAGUCAAGUUCAAUGGAAAAACCUUCACUACAAUCUCUUCUGCAGUUCACUUCUCUUCCAUUUUCCCGGGAAGAAGCUCCUCUUUGGCAGCAUUCUUUGGGUGAUGUCAGUAUCACUCUCCCUCUUCCCAUCUGUAAAUGCUUUGCCAUCAAAGAACGGCUUCACUCCGCAUGUUCUAAGAGACGGUGGGUGUUUCAUUUUUUUAUCCACUUUUUAAUGGAAAGAACUGCGCAGCUGACAUUUUAAGAACUCAUGAGUGCGACUGAGGAUGGCUUGUGGCGAAGAGUGAAUCGAUGAGUGAGCGAACGGAGAGAAAAAGAAAGCGUGAAACGGACUGGUUGUGCGAUGAAAGAGCCCAAUUUGACUGCUUUUGUGAGAGUGAAUGGAAGCUGCGGAUGCUACAAGCUCCUUCCCCCUAAAAUGGACUUUCAUUUAGUAGUACUUCAAGAUCUCUUUUUAUUGUAGCAAUUUUUCCUACCCUUAUUGAUCAAGUGCAGAAGUAGUACGCAAAUGUAGUGUGGAAUGUUGUGCUGAAUAUUUGUCUUGCUUAUAUAACCUACCUGACCUGAAUGCUGUAUGGUGUGUGUGUGUGGUUUCUUUCCUUGUUAUUGAUGCUCUGUAAGUGUGAACUUGAUGUGGAUGACACCUGCCGCGGACACUGGGGACGUGAGUGUUGGUGUGAGAGCAUGGAGUGGCGUGGUUGUCAAAUGUUUCCCAGUGUGAUUCUGUGCGUUUCAAAGGUGUUUUAGACAUGUCAAAUAAGAGUUCUCUAAUAAAACUUUGUUUGAAUAGA